AUGGACACUGCAGAACUCCCAAACAGCAAAACAGAGCACAACCUCCAAAUCAGAGCACAGCAGGAGCACACCACCACAGCAACGGAACAGAGCACCACACGCAGGCACACGAACAGAAGUGGAGUGCACGCACGGACGGAGGAACUGGAGGAGGGCGCGCAAGGACGGAGGCCGCGACCCCCCACAGAUGACUCCGUGCGGAAAAGAAAGGCCGCCCGGGUGGAUGGUGCCGCGACGGGCUGCGCCGGCGGAUGGUGCACCGACUCCCUUGACGAGCGGCCUGGUUCCGCGAGCGUGAAGAUGCGAGCGGACGACGAUGACACGCGGAUGGCGCGGCGACGGGCCGAGUUGAUGAUGCGGCAACAGGCCGCAGAUCACAACGACCGGGACAAUGACGAGUAG